AUGGAUAGCAUUUUGGUUUUCAGCCUAAUCAUUACAUCCUAUGAUGUCAGCAAAAAAGAACUCAGGGACAGCAGCUGCCGUGAACAGCUGCCUGGGCUCUUCCCAAAGGUAUUAAGAACCAGCUUCAUUUUUCUGUCUGCAGAGGAUCAGACAGAAGGCAAAAGGUUUACAUUCAUUCAAAAUCAGACUGUGGCUAAGCAGUGCCUUGGCUCUGGGAGCAAAGUGAAAGUCAACCUUGUAUAUUCAGAGAAAAGGUCAAAGGUCAAGUGUAUUCUGAAGGACCUGAGAGUCAUUCCUCUUCCCCACAGAAAUGGCACUGCCUCUCCAAACUGUCACCUAACCCCCACAUCCAAGUUUCACACUGGAUCCUUUCUAACAGGCAAAGAUGAGACUGGAAAAAGAGAUGGAGCUUUUUUAGCAGGGAUCUCCCAAUGUAAGUUCUAUGAAGUGAUGAGGGCUGCAUCAGAGACUUUUCCCGCCACCACCUCCAUAACUCCUGGGAAUAAAGAAGAGAGAAAACUACGAGUAUUGAUGACAGAUGAGAACCUAGAGAAGAGGCAGAAAUGGAGCAUUGUGGUCAAAUUUCCGAUUGCUGUCACCCUGUUGUUAAGUGGAGUCGCAAUUAUAGUGUUUGUCAUUUUUGAAGUCCCAUGCCCUAGUCAAUGCCAGGGAGCCAGAGAGCUAUGCCAAUGCCAGAGGUUGUGCAAAAGGCAAAGGAAGGAAGGUCAGGAACCUGGAGCAGCUGCAUCCCAGCUUGACACUCAGUCCAAGAAGGAAAGUAGUCUCUCCUCCAAGGAAGUAGGCAAAGCAGCCACUAGUGUGGCACAGUUUACCAACUUCUCUGUUAUCCUCACAGGUCAUUUCAUGCUCAUUGGCUCUCAACCAGCUUAG